CCGGUUUUCUUCGGCUUUUGUACUGUUCUUGUUGCAAAUGAUGAAGUGAACUAUCACGUCCUCAUCAUCUCAUCACCAGCGGAAGUGAUGGUUCGUCGCCGCCUCGCUUACUUCACCAGCAGCCGUGGCGUCGGAAAAGGACCGAUGAAGGUUCGUACCGUGUAACCGAAUUCCUCGCAGCAGAGAGAGAAGAUGGUACGGGGAAGGCGACCCGGCACAUGGUCGAGUUGGUGGUUGCGGGUAAGGGUGGAGGCUUGUUCAGUGGUGCGGGGCGGAAUCCACUGUUUACGACCGUUCAACUGUGGGGUUCGGCUCGGGUUACAGUGUAACGGUCACUUAAGCGCACCAGAGGGGGGGAUCGUUGCUAUCCGGCGACGGAAGCCAGCCCCAGGUUUUUCUCUUCUGUUGGGGAAAUGUUUUCAGGGCCACCGAAGGAAGGGGGUACUCAAUCUGGCAGGUGAAGACUGGCUCACCAGUGCUCACCUUGACUUUUCAUCAGCGCCUGGUUCGAUUGCCCAGUGUACGGAUUCCGCAUUUAUGUACGGUAUGACAGGGGAUCAAGCACUUGCCGAGAGCUCCAAGCUUCUGUGGCGACCAAAGUGCCGAUCUCCGCCGUCUCCACUAAAUUAUUCCCGAACAUCGUCAUCUUAUUGACUUUCAUCUUGACCUCCAAGCACAGCAGGGGGAUUCAAUGCCAGUCUCCCGAGCCUCCCCCGCAUUCUGGUCAGGGGAAAGGACGAUCUCGUCCGUCAGAUUGUCAUCCGUGUUCGAGUGCAGCUUGGACGUGAUCGGCCCUUUUCGCAACGGCCAUGACCCGGCUUCUCACCCGCCCUCCAUCCUCCCACUUGCCCGAACGGAUGCGCUGCUACCCUGCAAGGCACUGCUCUCCAUGAAUGGAUCGAGAGGCGCUUCCUGACGCUUCAUGACUUGAGUCCUGGCUGUCCGGCCACUCCCACGGUUCCCACAUCUCGGUCUCUUGGGUUGUGCCAUCAACUCACCAGGUGAGCAUGCCGAGAGGGGAUGACGGCUGGCUUCCCGGAAACGCUCCACUGACGUAUACAACGAGAUUGACCGGCCAGCCAGCCAUGAGCAUCUCGGGAUUAAACAAUAGAGGGGGGGGGGGAGGGACGCAGCCCCGUUAAUAUAUAUUGCUGCCCGCAUAGCUCCUGUUGGUUUUGUUUCACUUCAGUGCCGUCGUCCGUGGUGAUCUUCUGCAUCUCCCUUGCCAACCUCCGGCAGCCUGCAUCUCGCUGCACACAUCAACACGAGCAGUUGCCACGAUGAAGUUCAGCGUGGUGGUUGCCGCCGCCCUGGCAAGCGGCGCUCUUGCCACUCCCCAAUAUCCUCCAAAGCUCAUCAAGAGAGACCUCGCGUACUCACCUCCUGUCUACCCUUCGCCAUGGAUGAACCCGGAAGCCGAUGGAUGGGCAGAGGCGUAUGUGAAAGCUCGGGAGUUUGUCUCCCAGAUGACGCUGUUGGAGAAGGUCAACUUGACGACUGGUACCGGUUGGGCCUCGGAGCAAUGUGUCGGUCAAGUAGGAGCUAUCCCUCGCCUGGGGCUCCGCAGUCUUUGCAUGCACGACGCCCCCCUUGGAAUCCGUGGAACCGACUACAAUUCCGCCUUCCCUUCAGGUCAGACAGCUGCUGCUACAUGGGACCGCCAGUUGAUGUACCGCCGUGGUUAUGCCAUUGGCAAGGAAGCCAAGGGCAAGGGGAUCAACGUGAUCCUUGGACCUGUCGCCGGCCCUCUUGGUCGGAUGCCCGCUGCUGGGCGAAACUGGGAGGGUUUCUCUCCGGAUCCGGUCUUGACUGGAGUCGGCAUGGCCGAGACUGUCAAGGGACAUCAGGAUGCGGGCGUGAUUGCAUGCGCAAAGCACUUUAUUGGCAAUGAACAAGAACACUUCCGCCAAGUCGGCGAGGCUCGCGGUUAUGGGUUCAACAUCAGCGAGACUCUUUCCUCCAAUAUUGACGACAAGACGAUGCACGAGCUUUAUCUCUGGCCCUUUGCCGAUGCCGUCCGCGCCGGUGUGGGCUCUUUUAUGUGCAGCUACCAGCAGGUCAACAACUCCUAUGGAUGCCAAAAUUCCAAGCUUAUGAACGGUCUUUUGAAGGAUGAGUUGGGCUUCCAGGGGUUCGUCUUGAGUGAUUGGCAGGCCCAGCAUACCGGUGCAGCUGCCGCCGCGGCUGGUCUCGACAUGUCGAUGCCGGGAGAUACCGAGUUCAACACUGGCGUCAGCUUCUGGGGUACUAACCUCACUGUGGCUGUGCUCAACGGUACUGUUCCAGCUUAUCGGAUCGACGACAUGGCCAUGCGUAUCAUGGCAGCUUUCUUCAAGGUGGAGAAGAGCAUUGAACUGGACCCCAUCAACUUCAGCUUCUGGUCCCUCGACACUUAUGGGCCUAUUCACUGGGCCGCGGGCGAGGGCUACCAGCAGAUCAACUAUCACGUCGAUGUCCGGGCUGACCAUGCAAACCUCAUCCGUGAAAUCGCUGCCAAGGGUACCGUUCUUCUCAAGAACACCGGCUCCCUGCCCCUGAACAAGCCCAAGUUUGUGGCGGUGAUUGGAGAGGAUGCCGGACCUAACCCCAACGGACCCAAUUCUUGUGCCGAUCGCGGGUGCAACAACGGCACACUCGCGAUGGGCUGGGGUUCUGGCACUGCCAACUUUCCUUACCUCAUCACGCCAGACGCUGCCCUGCAGGCCCAGGCCAUCAAGGAUGGGUCUCGCUACGAGAGCAUCCUGACCAACUAUGCGGCAUCCCAGACCAGGGCCUUGGUAUCGCAGGAUAAUGUCACCGCCAUUGUUUUCGUCAACGCUGACUCUGGUGAGGGAUACAUCAACUUUGAAGGCAACAUGGGCGAUCGCAACAACCUGACACUCUGGAGAGGCGGCGAUGACCUGGUCAAGAACGUUUCCAGCUGGUGCAGCAACACCAUUGUGGUCAUCCACUCCACCGGUCCCGUUCUCAUCAGCGAAUGGUAUGAUAGCCCGAACAUCACUGCCAUCCUCUGGGCCGGUCUUCCUGGACAAGAAUCCGGCAACUCCAUCACCGAUGUUCUCUACGGCAAGGUUAACCCCUCUGGCAAGUCGCCAUUCACCUGGGGCGCCACCCGCGAGGGCUACGGCGCUGAUGUUCUUUACACCCCCAACAAUGGCGAGGGCGCACCCCAGCAGGACUUUUCCGAGGGUGUGUUUAUUGACUACCGCUACUUUGACAAGGCCAACACGUCUGUCAUUUAUGAGUUUGGCCACGGCUUGAGUUAUACUACCUUUGAGUACAGCAACAUCCAGGUUACAAAGAAGAACGCUGGUCCCUACAAGCCAACGACAGGCCAGACAGCUCCCGCGCCGACCUUUGGGAACUUUUCGACGGAUAUUAGCGAUUACCUGUUCCCCGACGAGGAAUUCCCCUAUGUCUAUCAGUAUAUCUACCCCUAUCUCAACACCACCGACCCGAGGAAUGCUUCUGGCGACCCGCACUUUGGCCAGACGGCCGAGGAGUUCAUGCCCCCGCACGCGAUUGACGACUCGCCUCAGCCGUUGUUGCCGUCUUCGGGCAAGAACUCUCCCGGUGGCAACCGGGCGCUGUACGAUAUCCUGUACGAAGUCACGGCGGAUAUCACCAACACGGGGGAGAUUGUGGGAGACGAGGUGGCCCAGCUGUAUGUCUCUCUUGGCGGGCCUGAUGAUCCCAAGGUGGUGCUGCGCGACUUUGGCAAGCUCAGGAUCGAGCCGGGUCAGACGGCCAAGUUUAGGGGGCUGUUGACGAGGAGGGAUUUGAGCAACUGGGAUGUGGUGAGCCAGGAUUGGGUCAUUAGUGAGCACACCAAGACGGUGUUUGUGGGGAAGAGCAGUAGGGAUUUGGGGUUGAGCGCUGUUUUGGAGUGAUACCCGUUCAAAGGGGGGAAUUAUGUUUUGUGUUAUGGCAUUGAAUUAGCUGUUGUAGCGUUUUUGACUUGUUAUACUAUGGAUUAUUACCUUGAUGCACCUUUUGCUCACCUUUGGCUUGGUUGUCAGCCCUCAUGUUUGUCAGAAAUUGGUCACGGAUGUGAUGGUCAAGAGUAG